UCUGUCCAGGAUGGAGGCUGGGGCGUUACACUUCUCAGGGAACAAUUAGUCCUCCGUUUAAUUCACACAUUACUUGUCAACAAGAGCGUACAGUUCUAUUUUAAACCUGCUCGUAUUCUGAAGGUGUGAUUCAUGGUCUCCCAACAGACCCGCCAAUGAAAAGAAAGGCUUGUAAACCGCUGCGUCCCAAACGCAGCAGGCAGAUCAGUGCCAGCAAGGAAUCUGCUCCAGAGCCGGGCGCUGUGCUUGGCUCCAACACCCAACUAAACUCUGAAACUGUCACCUCACAAAUCAGGAGCCUGGCCAUGUCGCAACACAGUAACAAGCUCCUCAAGUUCCUGAAUGAGGACCGGACCAGGCAGAGGUUCUGUGAUGUGUCGGUGUCUGUGGGUGGAAAGCUCUACAGUGCCCACAAAGUGGUGCUGGCCCACGGGAGCAGCUACUUCCACGCUGAGCUGUCCAAGAACCCUGCUGCAGAGCAUGUGACUCUGGACCACGUGGAGGAAUCUGUUUUUCAGCACCUGCUUGGCUUCUUGUACACCUCUGAGUGCGCGGUUGCAGUGACGGACCUCCCAGCUCUAACUAAAGCGGCCCAAUUCCUGGACAUGAUGGAUAUACUAAAGCUGCUGUGUGAAGAAGGGGACAACAUCCAUGUGAUCCAGGCUCAGGAUGAAAUAAGAGGGUCGCCUGAGGUGGAAAUUACCUCCAGUGACUCGCCAGCAGGUGACACAGACAUCCAGAGCCCAUGUUAUGUUCAGUGCAACAUGUGCAGUUGCCAGUUCACCAGUGAAAACUCCCUGCAGAACCACGUGGCUGAGAGUCACGCUGAUGCACAUCAGGAAAACGCAACUGAGAAAGAGAAGACAGCAGCUCAGAGAACCGCCACCAUGCGGAGAUCAGCUCGCAGGAGGAGAACACCCACCAAAUAUCAGAGAGACAAUGUGGAGCACACCAUCAACACUCUUGAGCAAAAACAAAGGGCUGUAUCACCAAGAGAGCAAGAUGAAGAAAGAAUGGAAGAAGCAGGAAAGUUGGUUGUCGAAAACCAAUUCCCCAAACUGGAAGGGAACGAGACAUCCAGACCAGCUCAGGGGGGAGAUGUAGUAGACGAGGAGGAAGAGGAUGGAGACCUGAAUGAAGACGUGGUUGCCCAGAGGAAAGUUGUUGAUGUUCCUGCAGUAGACAAGAGCGUAGCUCAGCAGGGUUUAGAUAUAGACGGGGCGGAGCACAAGGCUGGUGGAGAGGUGAAAGUGCAUGUGCCAGCAGCAGGAAGCUCCACCCAGAGUCCAGUGUACCCUGAGGGUCUCGCUCCUGUCAUCAUCCAAACCUCCAGCAAGAAGAUUCUCAAGUGCCCCAAAUGUGACAAGACCUUUGACCGUGCAGGGAAGUACGAGAGUCACACCAGAGUGCACACAGGAGAGAAACCAUUUCAGUGUGACAUCUGUCUUCAGCGCUACUCCACCAAGUCCAACCUGACCGUACACAAGAAGAAGCAUGCCAGCGACGCUCCCUUCCAGAAGAAGGAGCACAAAUGCCCCUUCUGCAACAAACUCCAUGCCAGCAAGAAAACCCUGGCCAAGCAUGUCAGGAGGUUUCAUCCAGACAACAUCCAAGAGUUUCUUACAAAGAAGAAGAGGAAGAGUGAAGGCUGGAAAUGUGCUAUUUGUCUGAAGACCUUCACCCGCAGGCCUCAUCUGCAGGAGCACAUGAUCCUGCACACCCAGGACCGGCCUUUUAAAUGCUCCUUCUGUGACGAAUACUUCAAGUCCAGGUUUGCCAGGCUAAAGCACCAAGAAAAGUACCACUUAGGUCCCUUUCCCUGUGAAAUUUGUGGUCGACAGUUUAAUGACACAGGAAACAGAAAGAGGCACAUUGAGUGCACACAUGGAGGCAAAAGAAAGUGGACCUGCUUUGUUUGUGGUAAAUCCGUGAGGGAACGAACAACUUUGAGAGAGCACUUGAGGAUCCACAGUGGGGAGAAGCCUCACCUCUGUAGCAUCUGUGGCCAAAGUUUCCGUCAUGGCAGCUCCUACAGGCUCCACCUCAGAGUCCACCAUGACGACAAGCGCUACGAGUGUGACGAAUGUGGGAAAACCUUCAUACGCCAUGAUCACCUGACCAAACAUCAGAAAAUACACUCUGGUGAGAAAGCACACCAGUGUGAAGAAUGUGGCAAGUGCUUCAGGCGCCAUGAUCAUCUGACGGUCCACUACAAGAGCAUUCAUCUGGGAGAGAAAGUUUGGCAGAAGUAUAAAACCGCUGUGCAUCAGUGUGAGGUUUGCAAGAAAGAAUUUAAAGGAAAGUCCAGUCUGGAAAUGCACUUCAGGACCCACUCAGGUGAGAAACCCCACAGGUGUCCAGAGUGCAACCAGACAUUUCGGAUCAAGAAGACCUUGACAAAGCACAUGGUGAUUCACUCAGACGCUCGUCCUUUUAACUGCCCCCACUGCAGUGCCACCUUCAAAAGAAAAGACAAGCUCAAGUACCACGUUGACCACGUGCACAGCACCCGUUUCACUGAACAGCCCCAUGGCACACUCAGCGAGGACUGCGCUGAACCGAAGUCAGCCCUCCAGAGCAGCCCUUCUCCUACGAAUGUCUGCGUGCCCGUCACUUUAGUUCCUGUCCAGAUGGCAGGAGGAGCGCAGGGUGGUCCGAACGCACACAGGGCCUCUUCUAUGUCCUCCCAAACUCACAGCGUUGUGAGCAUGCAGGCUCAAGGACAGCAGCAGAACUCUAGCUACCAGGCGGCUACAGACCUGGCAUUCUUAGAAAAGUACACCCUCACCCCUCAGCCCGCCAACAUUGUCCACCCUGUGAGGCCCGAUCAGAUGCUGGACCCCCGAGAGCAGUCCUACCUGGGCACUCUGUUGGGACUGGAUUCAGCUUCCUCUGUGCAGAACAUCUCUAACUCUGAUCACACACACUGACGCUCCUCAGAAAAACCUGUAAAGGCAUCGUCCAGCAAACUGAUUUAAAAAUAAGAACAUAAGCUACAGCAUUCACCACUUCAAUAAAUUCACACUUCAAUACAGAGGACAAUUAUGCAAAGUGUUACAUUUAAGACAAGCAUGGGAUAACCUUUUUUAUGUUCAGCCUGAUCUCAGGAAAUAAACCUCAUUGUUACCAAAAUAAGUUAAUUCAUCUGGCCUGUACAAAACAAAAAGCUGUGUGGAUUUAAAUGGGCGUCUUUUUGUAGUAAAACAAUGACAAAUAUCACCAUAACUAAAACUGAAAAAAAUGUUGCGGGAACCUUUGUGUACCAAAAAUAUGAGAGGAAAACACAAAUCUGAAAUGUUACGAACGUCAAGGCUGCUUCUUUCUUCAGUGUAUGAAAUGAAAAAGUUUGUGUCCGACAGCUGAUGUUGGAUCGUCUCUGGUUCUCAGUGAGGUUUUGAUGGCACAGAAUAACUUGGGUUUUAUGUGUUUUUCAUUGUAUAUUUUUACGAGACAAACCUAUUUGAUUUUUAAGGAGUCAGUUGAUUGACAGAAAAUCUGUUGUGUCAAUUUGAUUAAACCAUUUGAGUAAUUUAUCCAGUAAAAAUAGCAAUCAUUUGUUGGUUGUAACUUUUUGAUUUCUGUUCUAGUAACUUAUGACAAACUGUCUCUAUUUAAAAAAAUAAAUGAAUUGGCUUUCCAAAUAAAUAAAUAAUAUCCAUUGAUAAUACAAAAUAUUCACUAGAUGCAGCCUUGUUAUGCUCAUUAAACUUUAACAGUGGCCUUAGAAUGUAUCAUAAUUUGGGUACUGCCUGUUCAACAUGUCACUCCAAAGUUUUGGGUUUGUAAUUGUAGGAUGUAGGGAAACUUGUAUGUUUUUUUUUUUCAAUCUUGCAGCGUACAAUGAAUAAAGGUCAAUGUAUAUAUGUAUUUGUGCAAGAACCUCAUUUUAAAUUCAGACGUUAAAUCCUUAAAAUGUGAUUUCAAAAAAAUGAAAUGACGUGUUCAUUGAAAGAUCUGUUUUUAGAAACUAAGAAGUGGAAAAAUAGACAAAAACUGUAAAGUGGAAUGGAUUAUGUGGCAGCCUCAGACAUUUGUUCACAGUUGAAUGUUGCAUAGUUCAAUUUCAAACAGUUAAUCUUCACUAUCUGAAAGAGUGACGACGCUCUU